AACGAUGUUUGUUCUUCCAAACCUAAACUUACAUAUGAAGCACCAAAUAAAUUUUGGAGCUAUGUUGAACCUUAUUGUUCGGAUAUUUUACCGGAACAAAUUACUGCAAUUGAGGAAUCUCUUUCCUCCAAAGCGGAAAUCAGCGAGUAUUACAAAAUGCCUGCAUUAGGAGUGCAUUACUCCGAAGUAUGGAAUAAAGAAGAUUUCCUUGAAGAGCAACAGCAAAGCGCAAAAAUUGAUAAAAAGAGAAGUUCACCAAUUUCGAAUGUUAACUUAACUGAAAGACUAAAUAAUGACAGUGCACUGUUAACAGAGAAAGAGGAAUGCUCUUACGGAUCAUUUACGCAGCGCCUUAUAUCAGCACUUGUUGACGAAAAUAUAAUGGCUCCUGUUUGCGAAAAAGAUCUUCACGAUGCCGUCAAACUUGAUAGUAACAAAACCGAAAUUAGACCUCAUAAAAAUCUCUCGAACAAUAAUCAUUCAAAAUCUUUAGAAUCCGCUAUAAAAGAGGAGCUUUACUCGCUCGGAUUAAUUGACGCAUUAAAUGAAGAAGAAAAUAAGGACGACGACGAUGAAAUUUUAAUGGAGUUGCGUAGACUUCAGAAUGAGCUGAAAGCCGUGCGAUCCCACAAUAAACAUUGCGUCAGUAAGUUAGUAGCUCGCGCUAAAAUUGCUAUGAAAAAACAAGAAGUUCGUCAAAAAGCAAAAAUACUUGAUGCUGAAGUUGUUGAUAUAUUUAGAAAAUUUUCUUCUAGUAAAGCAAAAAAAAAAGGUUUGUCUAGAAAAGAUCGAGAAAUGGCAUGGAAGGUAUAUAAUGAACGCAAAGCAUUAUGGGAAAUAGUGGACAAUGAAGAUGCAGAAAAUAAAGUUGAAUAGUUUGUGUAUUAUAAAUCAGGUCGAAUAUUAUUUAAUAUAAAAA